ACUUCCGCCCACUCAAGAGGCGUGUUCCGGGCUCUCCCACCCAGCCCUGGGCGCCGGUUAAGACCACGCUCCCCGUCGCCGGUGCCAUGGAGGCGCCGGUGGAGGCGGAAGUCGAAAAUGAGGACGGCGACAGCAGCUGCGGGGAUCUGUGCUUCAUGGACAAAGGCCUACGGAGCAUGUCAGAGUUAUCUUUAGAUUCAUCCCUUCAUGCCAUCAAUCUUCAUUGCAAUAACAUCUCAAAAAUCGAAGCCAUUGAUCAUGUUUGGAAUUUACGACACUUAGACCUGUCAUCUAAUCAAAUAAGUCGAAUUGAAGGGCUAAGCACACUGACGAAGCUAUGCACUUUAAAUUUGUCCUGCAAUUUGAUCACAAGAGUAGAAGGACUUGAAGCACUAACUAAUCUGACUAAACUGAAUUUAUCCUAUAACCACAUAAAUGAUCUUAGCGGUUUGAUUCCCCUUCAUGGAAUUAAACAUAAACUUAGAUACAUUGACCUACAUAGUAAUUGUAUAGAUAGUAUCCAUCACUUACUUCAGUGUGUGGUAGGAUUAAACUUCUUGACUAAUCUUAUUUUGGAAAAAAAUGAAGAAGAUAAUCCUGUCUGUCGUGUACCAGGGUACAGAGCAAUUAUGCUCCAGACAUUGCCACAGCUUAGAAUCCUAGAUUGCAAGAACAUAUUUGGUGAGCCAGUAAAUCUAUCAGAAAUAAAUUCAUCACGCCUACAGUGCUUAGAAGGUCUUUUGGAUAACUUAGUUUCUUCUGAUUCUCCCCUAAAUAUAAGUGAAGAUGAGAUAAUUGAUAGUAUGCCAGUGGUAACACCACCCAUCGAUGAGAUAGUUCCCUUGGAUCAGUUCGCAACACCAGCAGAUACUGGUUUGACAUCCUUUAUAUCUAUAUGUCCAUCUUCUGAGCCGGAGAAAGUUAAUCGUGAAAACAAUUUUCAUAAUGACAUGAAACUUCAGAAAUUAGAUGAUCAAAUUUUACAGCUUCUCACUGAAACCUCCGAUUCUUUCAUAGAUAAUGUUCCUGAGAAAGAUCUCAGACCAAAAAGAGAUACAGAUAUAACAUCUGAAAGCGACUAUGGCAACAGAAAAGAAUGUAAUAGAAGAAUUUCUCGAAGAUCAAAAGUCCCAUAUUAUUCCAAAACUAUUCAGACUAUUAAGCACCACACUAAAAACAACAACCCUUUUAUGAGUUGUAAUCGUAAAAUGAAACAACCUUUCUUUAAAGAAUUAUAUGUAAGAUCAUCUUUAGCAAACUGUAAUAUGUUAGAAGAAUCAGAAGAACAGAAGACUGAAAUCAUUAAAGUAGACAAGAGUAGUUCAGAAGACACCACUUACCGGUCACUUGUUGAACAACUAGACCAAGAGAGAGAGAAGAGAUGGAAGGCUGAACAAGCUGAGAAGAAACUUCUGGAUUAUAUUGACGAACUGCACAAACAUGCAAGUGGAAAAAAAGCUCUUCAUAGCCUGGCUCUACUUACUACAGAUAGGCUAAAGGAAAUUAUUUUUAAAGAGAGAAAUUCCAAAGUACAACUCGAAGUUAUGGUUCACAGACUUCAAAAUGAAAUAAAAAAACUAACUAUUGAAUUAAUCAAAGCAAGGGAUCAACAAGAGGAUCACAUUAGACACUUAAGAACCCUGGAAAAAGCAUUAGAAAAAAUGGAGAGGCAGAAAGGACAACAGCAAGCAGCACAGAUGCGACUUAUCCAAGAGGUGGAGCUCAAAGCUGCUGCUGCUGAUAGAGAAAUAAACUUACUUAGAACUUCUCUUCAUCAAGAAAAGGAACAAGUGCAGCAACUUCAUGAACUUCUUGCUUUGAAAGAACAAGAACACAGGAAAGAACUUGAAACAAGGGAGUUUUUCAGUGAUGCCGAGUUCCAGGAAGCCUUAGCUAAAGAAGUAGCUAAAGAAGAGAGAAAGCAUGAACAAGAUAUAAAAGAAUACCAAGAAAAAAUUGAUACGUUAAACCAACAAUAUAUGGAUUUAGAAAAUGAAUUCCGUAUUGCUUUAACUGUUGAAGCCAGAAGAUUUAAAGAUGUUAAAGAUGGUUUUGAAAAUGUUGCAACUGAGUUAGCAAAGAGCAAGCAUGCUCUUGUUUGGGCUCAACGAAAAGAAAAUGAAUCUUCCUCUUUAAUUAAAGAUCUGACCUGUAUGGUGAAGGAACAAAAAACAAAACUUGCAGAAGUCUCGAAAUUGAAACAGGAAACAGCAGCAAAUUUACAGAAUCAAAUCAACACCCUUGAAAUCUUGAUUGAAGAUGACAAGCAGAAGAGUAUUCAAAUAGAACUUCUCAAGCAUGAAAAAGUCCAGCUUAUUUCUGAGCUAGCUGCCAAGGAAUCACUAAUUUAUGGUUUAAGGACAGAAAGAAAAGUAUGGGGACAUGAGCUGGAACAACAGGGUACAUCUCUCAUCUCAAAUCGUGGGAAAUUAGAGGCUCAAAUUGAAAGUUUAUGUAGAGAGAAUGAGUCUUUAAGAAAAACAAAUGAAUGUGAUAAUGAUGCAUUAAGAAUUAAGUGCAAAAUCAUAGAAGACCAAACUGAAACCAUUGGAAAAUUAAAAAGUUGUUUACAAGAACGAGAAGAACAAAUCAAAAUAUUACAAGAGAAGAUGACUGAAAUACAGAAAUGUACUCAAGAACAACUUGAUGAAAAAUCUUCACAACUGGAUGACAUAAUUGAAAAACUAGAAAGACACAAUGAAAGAAAAGAAAAACUAAAACAACAGUUGAAAAUAAAGGAAUUAGAACUUGAGGAAAUUAGAAAAGCUUACAGUACACUUAAUCAGAAAUGGCAUGAUAAAGGAGAGCUUCUAAGUCAUCUUGAAAUGCAAGUAAAAGAAGUGAAAGAAAAAUUUGAAAACAAGGAAAGGAAACUUAAAGCAGAAAGAGACAAAAGUAUUGAACUACAAAAGGAUGCGGUGGAAAAGCUUCAUAGUAUGGAUGAUGCCUUUAAAAAACAAGUUGAUGCAAUUGUUGAAGCUCAUCACGCUGAAAUAGUACAACUGGCAAGUGAAAAGCAGAAAUACAUCGAUUCUGCAAAUUUAAAGGUUCAUCGAGUUGAAGAAGAAAUGCGUGAACUUCUGCAAGAAACAUGCAAGAACAAAAAAGCAAUGGAAGAAAAAAUUAAGCAACUUGCUCUUGCUCUGACUGAAAUUCAGCAAGAAAUGUGAUAGUUCUGAGAAGGAAUUUAAUUGAAAUGGAACAGCAGACCUAUUGUAAAAAUUAUUAAAUAUUGUAAUAGUAGUAACUGCUAUGACUUUGAAAUGUCUCUUUCUACACAUUUCAUUCUGAUUAUAUUUUAAAAGACUUUUGAUGAAGUAUUUUUUAAUUGUAUAUGUAGGUUUUUAUAAUAAAUUGUUAAUUAUGUGUUUUAGAAAAACCUAUCAAAAUAACUAGACUUACAACACUUUCUUGUUUCUGUGCUAUACAUUGUUUGGUAAUUACACAUUUGUGUUCAAAUAUGUAAAAGAAAUUAACAUUAGUAUUUGGACUAUAUGAGGGAAAGUACUUUCAUCGUUGUUACUUUGUUGUGUUGAAGAACUAAUUAUAUUUAUUGGUUAUCCUUUAGUUGAUGUAGCUCCAUUUUUUUUAAAUGCUCAUAAGUGUAGCUGAAAAGUAUUUGAAGUCUAUAUGAUAAAAGAUGUGGGAUUCUUUUUUU